GCCCAGCCAUCUUUUAUGUCUUCCUACUGCUUUCCUUCCCAAUUUUUUUCGCUUCUUAAUUCUACUGCCAGUUUAUUCUUCUGUACUCGAGAUUGUAUCCGCGCCAUAUAGCCCUAUGCUUACUGGCGUCCACUUUGACUCGGCCAACACGGCCUCAUCGUCAUCCUCAUUUGACCAGCACUCGGACACAGUGUGCCCAGACUACUCCUCCGAGCUCGAGCUUCCGCACCGGCCGGGCGCGUCUCAGCUCAAGUUUGAGCCCACAAUCACUGCUCGCAGCAGCUCAGGCACCGUCGGCACAGCGGUGCGCGAGCAAGAGAUGGUAGACCUCCUGAGUCGGGCACAUGCGUGGCGGCUAGAAUCGCAGUGCGCCAGCCUACGACCGCAACAGCAGCGGAUGCUGGAGCUCGGCGACAUUCUGCACAAGGCCAGCCGCUUGACAUCCCACCGCCUGACAAACCAGGACUAUACGCCGCCAGCGCUGCAGCGCAUGGAGCGGCUGGAGCGCGUGGCCAGCGACUUGGACGAGAUGUCGGAGCAGGAUCGGCGGGUUGAGCAGCGCACGUUUAUGACGUCGGUGAGGUCACGCGAGAUGUUUUUGGUCGGCAUUGCUGGAAAGCUCGGCAGGGUCGAUGGUAAGACGGCGCUGGAGCCGCGAAAUUGCCCUUACCCGGCUAGCGAUGAGGAGAGCGAGAGCGAGCAGGCGCUGGACCGUCAGCGCGCGGUGCAUCCUCGGGACCAUAUGCGGCGGUUUGUGCAAAAGUCGAUCGAGCGGCUCAACGGGAUUGGCCGUCCACUCGAUGACCAGCGGUUUGUCAGCCCGGUCAAGCAGUCGUCGGCAUGGCAUCACUCGGGACCGCACUGAGGAAAAGGCGCUCUGGGAGUGACCUGCGAAUCGUGUUUGCGUUUACAAGUAAUAAAAAUAUUGAUAUCACGACCCAUUAGCGAUUUUCGGAGGUUGAAAUUGGUACUUGGCCAGGAACCUUGCUGUUUUUCGGCGG